AUGACGGCCGCCGUCGCGCAGUCGCUAAGCUCAUUGCUGCAGCGGACGACAAUCGAGGACCACGAAGCGGUGCUGAAAUCAUGCAAUGCGGUGCUGGCCAAAUCCAAGUCCGACACCCGGGCUCAGCACGUCAAGGCUGUCGCCCUGCUGAAACUUGACCGGUACGAAGACUGUCUGCGGGUGUUUGAGGACGCGGGCGAUGCUCUGAAACAGUCCGCGGGGCUCGAAUAUGCGUAUGCUCUCUACAAGUGCGGCAAACCUGAAGAUGCAAUCACGAUCGUGUCCCAGCUCGGUGCGGGGAGAGGGGCACAGCAUUUAGAAGCACAAGCGGCAUAUCGUGCUGAGCGAUUCCAUCGGACGGCCGAGAUCUAUGAAGACCUCCGCGAAGAACAUGUGUCCAUGAGCAAUGAAGAGAACGACCUGCGGAUUAAUUCGUGGGCAGCCGAUGCACAGCUGCAAUGGAAGGGGCAGUCGGAUUCCGUUCACCACACAAAAGCCACGAGGGAUGAUCUGGAGGCAUUCGAGACGGCGUUCAACGCGGCCUGUCUAAGCCUUGCCAAGGGGGAGUUUGGCCAAGCAGAAAUCCUCUUGACACGUGCGAAAGAAUUGUGCCGGACAUCGGAAGAUCUGACUGCGGAGGAUAAGGAGGCUGAACUGGUACCGAUUCUGGUCCAGCAGCUGUAUGUCCUCAACAAACAGGGCAAGCAGGCGGAGGCCCAGGCUCUCCUCGAGGAAAUAUCCAUCAGCAACAUCUCCGACCUGUCCACGAAGAAGAUCACACAGAAUAAUGUUAUUCUUACACAGCAGACCUCGCCAAACCCAUAUGUGCUCUACAAAGCUCUGAAUGCUUCUCCCACCCCCGUGGAUAACGACAAGCUGUUUGAAUUCCAGAACAACAUCCUCGUCGGAAACACGCACACCGCUGAUCUUCUGGUCCGCAAAUACGACGGCAUCAUCCGGUCCACGUCCAAAGCGUUAUCCCAGAGUCCCUGCCCCUCUGUGUCUCCCAGUGUCAACCUCCUCGCUGUCUACAAUGCAGCCGCGCAUGCACAAGGCCAAACGGGCGCCCUGGCCCUCAAGGCGAUCUGCCCGCUGCUCGAGAGGCGACCGAAGGACCUGGGUCUUGCGCUGACGGCCGUGCAGCUGUAUGCCAGCACGGGGAACACCACGGCGGCGAUCCACACGCUGGAGGCCUUCCUCCGGGGCCUCGAGGAAUCCAUCUCCGAGGACGACAAGGACGCCCGUUUCAACCCGGGCCUGCUGAGCGUUCUCGUCUCGCUGUACAAGCGCGAAGGGCGCACGGCACACAUCCGGUCGGAACUGGCCAAGGCGGCCGCGCACUGGCGCGACCGCUCCGAGCCGUGCAUCUCGCUACUCCAGGCGGCGGGGACCUCCCUUCUGCACUCGUCUGACCGCGCGGACCUCGAGAUGGCGGGGACGCUGUUCCGCUCGCUGCACCAGCGCCAGGCGGACGACCUGUUCGCGACGGCGGGCUACGUGGCGUCGCAGGCGGUGAUCAACUACGCGAGCAUCGAGAACCAAGUCGACCAGCUCCCUUCCGUUUCGGAUCUCGUGGCAGACGUCGACGUCGACGCCCUGGAACAGACGGGCAUCCUGCCCUCGCCGGGCUCUGUUGCUGCCGCGGCGGCAGUGAUCGCCGGUGCGCGCGGUAAACGCCCCGCAGCCCCCGGCGAUGAGAAGUCGGCAAAACGCGUGCGCAAGUCCCGUCUGCCGAAGGAGUACGACCCGGCCAAGACGCCGGACCCGGAGCGCUGGCUACCGCUACGGGACCGGUCGACGUACCGGCCUAAGGGGCGGAAGGGUAAACAACGGGCAGCGGACCGGAUGCAGGGUGGGGUUGUGAGUGAGAAAGUGGAAGAGGUCGCUACUACAGUGAAAUCUUCUGGUGGUGGUGGUGGUGGUGGACAGAAGAAAAAGAAGAAGGGCAAGCGGUGA